UUCAUUCGAUUCGGAUUAGUUUAAAAUUCAUGAUGGCGGAUUUGCCGGCAGGAUGGGAAAGGAAAGUCAGCCGCUCUACUGGCCAAGAGUACUUCCUGAACCAGUACACAAAGGAGAGUCGGUGGGAACUUCCUACAGAACCUGCUCAGAGAGAAGGUGACACUGUUCAGUGUUCUCACCUACUAGUGAAACACAGUGGCUCGCGACGACCUUCAUCCUGGCGGGAAGAAAAUAUCACACGCUCCAAGGAUGAGGCUCGAGUGAUUCUCCAAGGCUUCAGGAAUAAGAUAACGUCGAAAGAAGCCAGCUUUGCAGAAUUAGCAGCAAAGUACAGUGACUGCAGCUCCGCAAAACGAGCAGGUGACCUGGGACCAUUUGGACGUGGUCAGAUGCAGAAGCCAUUUGAAGAUGCUACUUUUGCCAUGCAGGUUGGAGAACUGAGUGAGAUUGUAUCAACAGAUUCAGGGGAACACAUUAUCCUAAGGACAGCGUAGUGGUGUACCCUUCAACCUGCUUACCUGAUGUGGUGAUCAGUCCUGAUAGGCAUUGUGUAGGCAUUCAUUACAUAUAACCUACAAUAUAAAUCAGGACCAACUCACUUCAAAAUCAACAAUUUUGUAUUAAUAUCAACAUUACAAUAUCAUUUACAUGUUCUUCUUACCAUUGUGUUCUACAAGUAUGAUAUUUUUGCUAUGGUUGGUCUUUACAAAAAUAUUGUCGGUAUAAGUGCUACCUUGUAAUCAGUCUUGAAAACACUAAUUUUUAUUUUCAUUCUAGUGUUUAUGAUAAAAAGUGCUUGACAAUGGAGAUCUGCAUGUAAAAUUCAAUAAUUGUUUGUUUUUGGAAAUAUGUCCUUUGUAACUUGAAUGCAUUUGAAUAUUUUACACAAUUUUCAUAAAUAUCUUAUGUCCGAUAGAGGACUCCCAAUUUACAGGGUUCCAAACAUUUAUUUGUGUUACAUGAAAUAAUGAAUUAUAACAAAUGAUAAUCAAGUUCAAGAUGAAACUUUGAAGUAACACGACCUUUGAAUUGAUUGACAUUUUGGACCUCCAUUAAUGUAUUUGUGAAAGAAGAGUUGUUUCCCUUCUGUGCUGAGGAUUGGUUUAAUGAUAGAAGUAUGUUUAUUUUAUUAAUGAGAUUGUUUCAUGCAGCAUAAAUUUACAUGUUGAUUCCUUUGCCAAGCAAUAAAGGUAUAACUUGCAUGUACAUUGUGCUAUUUAGAUAAUAUUAGGUUCACAGACUCCCGCUCGCUAAGCUUCAGAUAAGAUAUGUCGUACAUGUAGAGCUACUAAAACAAUUUUCUAUUACUUAGCCUAAGAAAGUGUUUGUUAAACAUAAUUACCAGGUAGAAAUUACAGUAGAAACAGUACCCAAGUUGGAUCAGUUCCCAAAACAGAUCACUCUUCACAAAAAUACAUUUUAAAUCUUGGUAGGUGGCAGUGGUUUGUGUUUUACAAGGAUGUAGCACUAGAAUGCAUUGUCAUACUGAUAUCUUUUGUCUUAAGCUGAUUAAUCUACGUGUAUAUGCACAAAUAGCAUCAGAUCAAGAAUUUCAAACUCAAAACUUAUUUGUGUAUGUUUGUUCAGACAUUAGGAACAUACUCGGACUAUAGAAAUAUUUGAAUUCAUAUAUAUUCCAAAGAUCAUUAUAAAGUGGGAAGAAUUCUUACAUUGAUGUAACCAUAAAUGAAUGAAAUCAACGCUCUCACUUUUCAAAGAAUAAAGAAUUUGAUGGUUUGGUGAUACGUUUUGGGUAAUCUCACCAUCUCACCUUAAAGCUGCCAGUACAAGUUAAAAAGCUUUCAAUUGAGAUUUAAAAAACUUCACAAGAAUGAUACAAUAGGUUUUAAGUAUAUUUCAUAUUAAAUAUCCUUGUGCUGCCUUGACACAUUGUUGUAAACAAAUGAUGAUUCUAUAUUUAGGGUAUGCUCUCUAAAGGCACUUGGCAUAUAAGGAAGCAUGCAUUGAAGACAUUUAAACUGUUUAAACAAAAGUGACUGUUUAUGAAAUGUGUCAUAAAAUAAAACAUAUUAAGAUCAAAAA